GUUGCUGGAAUUCUUCGAACUGCCUCGUAUGCAAGGGACACACAGGAAAGGCUUGAUUGUCUUCGUAAAGUCAGGGAGUUAAUAAUUAGUCAUGAUAGGUCUCUGUUGGAUAGCUUUUUUGAGGAAGUUGUAGCCUUUCAACAUUAUGCAAAUACAGAAGUGCGGAAAUUUAUCAUAAAGUUUAUCGAGGAUGCUUGCUUUUUGUUCUUCCCCUGUGCAAUUUCGUCUGAUUUCGCUUUUCCUUGUUUCCAUAGUCUAAUAGACGCAAGCUUUAUCCAGAAAUCAAUUGGCUGUCUUUCUCACCUAUUUAAUAUUGCUCUGCACUCCGAACCACCUUAUUCAAACCUCCUGCGUUCGGUUAUUGCCACCCUUGGCCCCCUCUACUCCCGUGCUCUAACUCGUGCUGUCAAAUCAGGCUUUAUUGAAUCGGGCGCCGUGACGGGAGGCGGAAUCCAGUCUGGUUCUCUGGCCGACACCUCUCUCGAGACUUUUCGGUCUGUCAUUGCUUUUAAGGACGAAGUAAUUCGACUUCUUCUGCCUUCGAGCGUGCCAGUCAUACCCGGAAGUUCCACUUUACCUCCUGCCACGUUAAACCGACUUUGUGCAAACAUCAGCGAUGCCGCACGAGCAGAUAUCAUUAAAUUUAUUGAAGUCGUAAUCGUUCAGCAGUCCAGGAGGACUCCAAUGUCUGUGGUCCUUGCUAAAACGAAGGAAAUAACACUGGACCAGAUUCCUGACAUGCCCAAUAGUCUUCUGAAAACCAUCAUCGAUUCAAGCACAGCAGCAUCGUCAGCUACACAGCUGCCAGGUAUUUGUCUCGUGCGUCCGCGUCGCUUGGCAGAUGAAGCCGAACGGCUUGUUAACGGUCUGGCUAACCUUCCACUCAAACAAGGCGAUGAAAACGCUCUGCGCUCGGUUGUAACCAGCCCCGUUUUUGAUGCUAUUGUUGAUUCUCUGAUUAGUAUUGCCAGACAGCGUCCCCAAUUUUUCGACAGAGCUCUUCAGGCCUUUGAAACCAUCCACGUGAACCUGCCGCCUCAUUUUACCCAAACUCAGGUCGGCUCGGCUCGUCAGAAGUUGAAGUCUGCACUUAUCUGUCUUCUGCGCCACCCCGCGACGACUUCCGAAUUCCGAAGUCGAAUUAUGAUUCUUCUUUCCGAUUUGGGAGUCACCCAGCAGGAAAUUUCUGGGGUCCUUGGCAUAUCGUCACCUCCGCCACCGUUGUCGUCGUCGUCGUCAAGACUCAAAACAAGCAAUGACUUUCAAGACGAGCAUAAUUUCGAGAAGUCACCGUCAGCCCGACCUGAGGACCAGUUGCGUGCGGGUGUUGAAGGCUUGAAACGACCUCAUCAAUCCGAGGCCUCCGCAUUCGGUAAUUUCGGUGAAGAGGAAGACGAUGAAGACGACGAAGGAGGCAAGUCGCGCACCUCGUCUACCUCCACAGAUGAGAGAAAUCGAUUCUCGGGCUCCUCUCUGCUCCGGCCACCACUGUCCAAGAAGCCCAAAAAACAGACUGCAGCAUCAGCUGAUGGUGUCCCCAGCAUUGAGGACGUCACCGGCGCGCUGGUAUCCAAGUUAACGCCUGCCAAUGUAGCAGACCUUGUCUUACUAAGCAUGGUCACCCUUCCAGGUCGUAUGCCAGCGGCGUUCAACGCGACGUACACACCCAUCGCUGCGGCAGGCACUGCCACACAGGUUCGUCACCUAGCCCGUCUUCUCGCAGCUCAACUGGUUGUCUGGGUUACCGGAGAAGACGACAAGGGGAUCAAUAAGGAGAAUCGGAGUCUUCUUGCUCAGCUGCUGGAGGAAUCGCCCAAUGCAGACGCCGACGCGUCAGCGACCAAAAAGUCUGGCAGCCGAUCGAGGAAAACUAAGGUUGAUGAAGAUGACGAGGUUGCAUUCAUGAAAGAACACGCUGCCCGAGUUCACAACACCGCCAAACCAAUGAACAUCAGCGUUGUUGGUCGCUCAGGCUCCGUGGGGGACGCUGGAGGGGGCCUUCUGAUGUCUCCCACUGCUGGACCCCCUACACCCCUCUUCAACCCUACUGUGCCUCCACCACUCUUUACUGGUCCUACCAAGCCCCCUAUAUCGACCCCGCAUCACGUCACCCCAGCUCGUCCGUUUUCACUGGAAGCUGUGAUCACAGCACUGCCUAUUGAAUCGCAGCGAUCCCUCGCACGGGAUGCGUACCUGCGAAUCCUGUGCGAGGACGUCGCGCGAAACCGCGCCCCUGUCUCGGAGGAGUCCCUGAAAACCGCCGGACACCCGGAUUUACCCGCGCAGGACGCCGCGCGCAUCAAGCUGCUCUGCCGGCUGCCGAGCAAGCGUUUCGGCUCCGGUGACCUCUUUCCCCGUGCGUACCCCCACCACUCCUUCCUAUUUGGUCCGUCUGGGCUGUGUGCGUUCCGGCUCUUACACUGGACCAAUCCCCUUUCAGUUCUCAUCAACCACGCGAUGCAGAAUCUCAAAGAGGGCUUCGAACUCCUGACGAACCUGCUGAUGCAUGUCUACUCCUACUUCCGUGGCUUCAUGGUGGCUGGAGCUCUGGGCGACGAUAUCACGACCCAAAAGUCCGACGACACCGACGAGACCCGCCUCCUGCUGGAGUCGCAGCGCCAGCUGCGUGCCCUGCAGGCCAGGGUGUGCGCCGCCGACGACGACGAGGAGGAGGAGGGCAAGUCGGACGCCGAGGAGCGCGCUGCCUCCCCGUCCGCGUCUGUAUCGGGCGAAACGAAACCGCCGUUGGCCGCCGUGGGAGGCGUUCGCGGCGGCGGCGGCGGCGGCGGCGUCUUGUGCGAAGAGCUCAGCUCCUUCGCCUUCUACGACGCCGUGCUCACGGACAUCCUGAAUCGACUGUCCGACGUCGAGAUCAAGGAGACCUACUUCGGACGUUUUAUGCUGGAGGCCCCGCUGUUGACGCCGAACUCGAUGGCAGUCUUGAAGCGCUACUGCACUGUGCCCGAACAGGCGCCCUUCGGCUUCCAGGUGCUUCGCUCCUUGAUAGAACUGCGACAAACCGACCAGCGAAAGGAGCUGCUCGAUCUCCUCCUCAGUUUCUGCUCAAUCGAAGAACACAAGAUCCGCAAAGCGGCUCUCAAGGCCACCUGCCAAUUGGCCGAUUCACAAGCCAAGUGGGAGAAACUGAUCGAGGUCGGUUUCGUUCGGGAGCGUCGAUUCGGUAACGAGUGUUGGGGACUUGACGCGUGGAAGUGGUGUAUUGCCUUGCAGGAUCAUGCAACCGCGCAGCUGAAGAAUGUCCUCAGCCCCCACCCAACUGCGGAGAUGUUUGCCACACUCCUGACGAAGCCCACAAUCACCCCGCAGUGGACGGACGAGGCCUGCCAGGCGUGUGCCCACCUACUGCUGGGGCUGAUGCCACGCAAUCCCGGCAAACUGCUUCUCACGCUGGCGGAGGUGUAUGUCGGCGCGUGCGACAGUAUUUGCGAAAUCGGUCUCCACUCCCCGCACCUCCUCCACCUGAUCGAUAAUUGUCCCGUGGGCGCGGAGACCCUCGUCACCCGCAUGAUCCACAUCCUCACAGAUCCAAGGACGGCGUUUUCACACCUGCCGACUAAACCCACAACGACAGUGUCGGCGGGCAGGUCCACAUCACACCCGAACUUCCCUGUCAUGCCUCCGCCAGCGUUGGUUGAGAGCGUCCGACGGAUGUACAUGACGCGGGUUCACGAUGUGCGAUGUCUCAUACCGGUGAUCGUCGGUCUCACCAAACAGGAGGUCAUCUCGGCCCUGCCCAAGUUGGUGCAGCUGAAUGAAAAGGUCCUCAAGGAGGUCAUCAGUCGUCUUCUUCAUGGUGAGCACCUCCCUCCCCUCCCCCGCCACUCAGAACAAUCUCCGAGCGUGGCGACGCUUCCUGCGCCGGACCCCCGUCACCCCGAACUGGUGCCUGUGCCGAACGAAUCGGUCGUGGGACCAGUGACUCCCGAGGAGCUCCUGGUAGCCAUCCAUCUCCUUGAAUUCGCCAAGGACCCUAAUUUGCCCCCGAGUGACACUCCAGGUGAGUCGUCAACUAACCACGGAAAGCCUCUUUCCUCCACCUCCUUCUCCUCAUUGAGUCGCCUUUUCCCCAUCCCAACAGCCAAGCCCUACAUAGAAAUACGCGUAAUCCUGCAAGCCUGUCUGCACUGCUUCGCCGAGCGUCAACUCUACACCCAGGAGCGCUUGUCUGCGGCCAUCGGACAACUCCUCGAUCGUCCAGUUCUGCCGACGCUCUUCAUUCGCACCGUCAUGCAAGCCUUGGCCCUCUACCCUCGUCUCGCCGGCUACGUCAUCAACGUCCUCUUCCGGCUCAUUCAGAAACAGGUGCGUGCUCCUGCGGCGUCCACAUCCAAAGUGUGGAAGAGUGCGGUGCUGUGGGACGGUUUCAUCCGGUGCUGUGUGAAGACCCAGCCUCAGAGCUACCAGGUGUUGCUGCAGCUUCCGCCGCAGCAGCUGCAGUCAGUUUUUGCCAAGGAGCCCACGUUGAGGGCACAGGUGCGGCGCUACGUGGACAACUUCUCCUCGGCUCAGCGGACGCACAUCUCUCGAGCUGUUUUCGAUGUUCUGGAACGCGAGGCGUCUCCGAUGAAGCCAGCCACGGCGACGACGUCUGACGUCUCGCCUGCCGCCGCAACGACCACUCCUAGCGCCUCCGCGACGCCAGUUAAAACCCCCACGGAGCAGGUCAAGAAGGAAGUGGACGCAGACACGGCGGACGCGUCGCCGCUCUCGUCUGGAUCUGCCACACCCGUCCGCGAUGAAGUUGAGGAAAAGACGUUCUCCGAUCGACCGCAAACCACCAAGCUUGAACCGCGAGAAGGCGGUGAUGAGGAGAAAGAGGAGGAUAACCAGAGGUACACAGGGGAUUCUCUGUCGCCUCCGUCCAUUGUUACGAACAAACCAUCCGUCAGCGCAAUCAAGGUUCUCAUCCAGCCGAAGGCGCCCGCCUUCAACGAGCCGAUGGUGGUGGAGGAGGAGUCCUAUUCGCCGCCACUGCUCCACUCCACGUCUCGCGCAUCCACCAAGCGCGUCGAACCGGACGACAGAGACGGCGAGACGGCGUCCCGGCGUGUCCGACGUCAUGCCAUGGACGAAGACAAACCGGACACUGAUAAGGAGCGUCUCGAGGUGGCAGCAAGCACUCGACAUGACCAGGAAACGCCCCCGAAAAACCCGGAUGGCGGAAGUCCCACCUCUCGCUAA